AUGGAAGACGGAAUGGUGGAUCAGUACUGGUGUCACAUGUGUUCUCAGAUGGUGAACCCGGCAAUGGAAGCUGAGAUUAAAUGUCCAUUCUGUGAGAGUGGUUUUCUGGAAGAGAUGGGCAGCACGAGAGAAGUCAAUAACAAUGGAUUUGAUUUAGGAUCGGAACGUGCCUUCUCUCUUUGGGAUACAAUCUUUCUGGACCUUAUGGGUGGCUUAGGCACUUCUGGUUCCCGUAGGACAGCUCAAGAACAUAUUAGCAGUACUAGUUCACCGGAUGAAUAUGAACUCCACUUUGAGUCCUUACUUCGGAGAAGGGGUAGAAGAAACACGUCUUCAGUCCAACACUUACUUCAAGAUCUAAAUUUGGAAUCAGAGAAUUCUGAAAAUGACAGGGAGAGCAGCAGCAGCGGUAGUAAUAGUAGUAGUGUGAUUUUGGUUAAUCCUAUCAAUGAAGAGGCAAUGAUUCUUCACAGCCCUGAUGAUAUGAACCAGCUAGAAAACCCAAGUCAAAACGUGUCAAGUUCUUUCCGGGACUACCUUAUAGGACCUGGUGUAGAUUUACUGCUGCAUCAUUUGGCAGAGAGUGGUCCUAACCGAUACGGGACUCUUCCAGCAGAGAAAGAAGCAGUUAAAGCAAUGCCAGCGGUUUCCAUUAAGCAGAGUUUGCAGUGUUCAAUAUGCUUGGAAGAGUUCGAGAUUGGAUCUGAAGCAAAGGAGAUGCCCUGUAAACACAAAUUCCAUGGAGAGUGCAUUGUCCCUUGGCUGGAACUUCAUAGUUCCUGCCCUGUUUGCAGGUUCUUAAUGCCCUCUGAUGAUUCCAAGAUCGAAGCAAGUCGGCCGAGAAGCGAGGAAGAAAGAAUGGAGAACAAUGAUGCUAGGAUCAUUGAUAUUGGGAGAAGGUAUUGGGUCCCAAUCCCAUGGCCUUUUGAUAGUUUGUUUCCCUUAUCAGGAUCUCAAAAUGGUGGGAGUUCUACUUCAGCACCCUCAUCAGCCACGAUGCGCGGAAGUGCUUCCCAUACCGAUGAAACUUGA